UACAUACUAGUCAUAUGAGUGACAUCGAAAGUACCCAAACCGCUGAUAUUAAUAACCUUCAAAGUACACAAACCGCUGAUAUUAAUAACCUUCAAAGUACACAAACCGCUGAUAUUAAUAACCUUCAAAGUCCACAAACCGCUGAUAUUAAUAACCUUCAAAGUACACAAACUAGUCAUAGGAGUAACACCCAUGGGCAAGAAAUCAGUGAUAUUGUUGACGAUGAAAUUACACAUCCUAGUAAUAUUGGAAAAGAAAAAAUUACUCAUAAUGAUGAAAUUUCAAUCACUAGUGAAAGAA